AUGCUAGUCCGUCAGAGUAUGGCAGCCGGGCGAGCAGAAGCUGCACUAGAAAAGGUCCAGCGACAGCGGAUACUUGCUCGGGAAAGAAGUGCAGCCAGAAGAGCUUCCUUAACAUCGGAACAAGUCGAACAACAGCGUGCACAUGAUCGGGAGAGAAAAGCAGCUAGUAGGGCUUCCUUAGCAUCGGAACAAGUCGAACAACAGCGUGCACAUGAUCGGGAAAGAAGUGCAGCCAGAAGAGCUUCCUUAGCAUCGGAACAAGUCGCAAAACAGCGUGCACAUGAUCGGGAAAGAAGUGCUGCUAGAAGGGCUUCCUUAGCAUCGGAACAAGUCGAACAACAGCGCUCAUAUGAUCGGGAAAGAAGUGCAGCUAGUCGGGCUGCCUUAACGCCGGAAGAACUUGAUCAACGACAAGCGCAUGUCCGUGAGAAAACUGCGGCUUGGCGAGCUACGCUUACAUCGCAAGAGAUCGAACACCAACGUGCACUUGCUGUUGAAAGAAGUAUGCAUAAACGAGCUGUUGU